AUGUGCAGUCGCUCUAUCUGCUCCCGAGGCCAGCGGGAAGGCUGUGAUCCUCUGGGAUCUAUUUGCCAUGAUGUUCUGGGACAGCAGGCUUCGUCCCAGGCGAGUUUCACACCCACGGCCUGGAGGGACCUGCGUGAGCACUGGAUAAACUGCUUCAGCAGGGUGCGGAGAGCUGGACCGUCCCGCGGAGCUGCGAGUGUGUGUUCAAGGGCCAGGGACGAACUUUUGGGAAAUGAAGUUGGGCUGGGAUUCGAGGAUGCGAGCGUCAGGCUGGCGUGCGGCGGAGAGGAGCUUAGGGGAGCGCAGACGCCUGCCGGGGCGUGUGCAGCCCGAGGGAACCCGAGGGAACCCGAGGGAAGCCGGCGAGCCCAGCGCGAGGCGGCCGAGGAGGCGGGGUUGCGAUCUAGUGCGGAGCCCACGGCCGCCACGGGUCCUGAGACCCCAUGCGGUGCGGAGUCCUGCGGAGAGCUGUCCCUCCACGCGGCGGAAGGACCUAAAUCCUUGUCAUGUGGGGAGACCCCUCUGCCGCGACUGCGAACGGACUGUAUUUCGAUUACACCAAAGAAUACUAACGUAGUUUCGUUGCCUUUGAGACUGCGCGUGUUCGGGGCGCUGGCGUGGACUGCUUUGGGGACUGCGGAGGAAACAGACCCUGGAGACCAGAACCGGAGCGCGGAGAGCGCGGGGCGCCGGCGCGGCAGCCCCCGCCCCGUCUGCGGGCUCACCCUUGUCUCAGGGACAGUGCCUGGAAAUCUGCCCAGUCUCCGGACUUCUCAUAGCUGUGCUACGUGGGGGCUGAGGCCAAGGUCUGGGACCUCUGAGGUGAAGACGGUCCCUGUUUCAGGACAGUGGUGGGCUGCCUGCAGAGCCGUCGUAUACCAAAGAAGCUGAGCGGGUGACAGACAUGAAGGUGGUACAGGGGGAGAAACGCAAGAGUUCGGUUCCGUGAUUAGGCGGAAGAGUGGCCUAAACUACCUUACAGAGGAGCUGGCAUCUCACACGGGAGAAGUGCAGAGGGUGGAGGUGGGUGUUAUGCUGCUAUUAACAGCCUUCGAUAAUAAGCGGAAGAAUGUAAACAUCAAGGACGGGCUCCUUCUCCGACCCCUGCCCCCAGCUCUGGCCCCCUCCCUCGCUCACAGGUCCCCAGCUUGGUUUGGUCACGGGUGCCCCUGCGAGAGACUAGAGGAGGCUAGAGGCGGCUGGGGCGUUUAUUUCCCGAGUGCGGUGCUGGUCUGAGCGGACUGCCUCCCUCUCAAAACCGCACGCAGUCCCGAGGGGCUCCCGCCUGCAGGUCCUGGCCAGCCAAGCCCAGGCUGCUCUCAGCCUCAGGGCACCUACUGCCUCUGGUUCCAGUGCAGUUUUGCAAUCCUCCCUUUGUUCCUCGGACACCAAACCUUUGCAGGGAGUGUGCAUUUCCUUAGAGAGGUCAAACUCUUAAGUGCCACGGAGGCGCAGGGUGAAGUGGGAGGGGUCUAAGGCACCAGGCGAGGGUGGCAGUCUGAGGAGGGAGCCCUGGAGUGCGCAGCUGGGACCUGCCUGUGUCCUUUGAGAGUAGGAGCCUAGUAUUAAUUUUACUAAGUAAAAACUAAAAAAGAAUUUUAAAAAACUCAAACAACCAAAAUUGCA